AUGUCGGCAUCAGCAUUGUACCAACCAAACCAAGCCCUGCUAGACGGGAACCGACACCGAAAUCAGAUUUGCUACGAUGAUGCUUUAUGGAGAACACGAAAGCUUACAGCCUGUCAUUCUGCUAGUCAACGAUCUCUCCCGCGUCUUUUUCUGGGCAAGCUAAUCAGCCUUUGGACCAUGAUAUGGACCUGCGCCGCCCCUCCUCAUCACUUCGGGUACGGAGGUGUCUUAUUGGCCCACCGACAAUCUACGCAAUCAUCAACGCCCCCUUCGGAACUACUGAUCGUGAAUUCGAUGGCCCUUUAUUUCGACCUGGUCCACAUGAGCCUUCGGCAUUGCCCUGGCCUGGUCAUAGCAUUAAGCCCCCAACCACUAAGUCGUUAG